AUGACUAGCAAAGAUAUGGACACAAGAGUUGUUGACCCGUCGAGGGAGUUUGUGGAGUCGGAGUCUAAAUUGAAAGGGGAGGUCCAAAUGUUGAAACGGCAGAUGGCAGAAAAGUAUCAGUCUUGGAUCAGGGGGCAUCCUCCACCUUCAUGCCCCACUAACUACACUGAAAAACCUGCAACUAUCCCACCACUAUCACCAAUCCAGAUUCCUAGUGCUGCUGAUAUCUCCCCAGAACCUUUUCACACUCUACCCGCCAAAACCACCUCAUAUCCUGCUCCUUUGGCCACUCAUGCUCUUGUAGCUCCUCCUCCAGCUACUUUUCCUCGAUCCUCUAACGAGACUGUGCUCAAAGUCCCCGAUGCCCAACAUUAUGCUCCAGAACCAACUUUUAAAGUCUCGGAUCCAUAUUCUCACACUCCUCAUUUUGAGCCUCCCGAAAUUGUCCCGGAUCGCAUAUCCCUCGCCAAGAUGGAAAAGAAGCCUAAUGAAAGCUUUAGGGAAUACGAGCUCAGAUGGAGAGAGCAAGCUGCCAGAGUCAAUCCCCCGAUGGAAGAAAAAGAGAUGGUCGAGUACAUUCUUCAAGCUCAAAAGCCAACUUACUUUGGGCAUUUGAUCACGGUUGUGGGAUCACGACAUGGUCCAACGAAUCCGCCUCACCAAUAUACUCAGCCUCAACCCCAACCCCAAACCUAUCCCCGAGCUCCACAUCAUCCACCUCAGUACUAUCCUCCGAACAAUGUCCGGUCAUCUGUCCAACCACCGAGUCGCUCCUUAUGGCGAGCGCCAGCACCGCAUAAUGCACUCUUGCCUUCACAACAUUUUUGA